AACAACUGGAGAAAUUCCACCUGGUAUGUUAAAUGCUGGAGUUAAAGCCAAUGUCCCCUCACAACAAGUGUUGUCAAUAAAACAGGAACAUGCCUCAUCUGCAGAUCUGUGAAGUUCAAGCAAGGAAGCUAUGCAAUGCAGAUAUCUGUUCUCUCACCUUCUGGACCUCUUAAAGUAGAAAAUAUGGAAAAUCCACCCAAAGCUUCCACAAAAACACAGACAAAAAAGAUUUGUCCAAGGGCAAAAGGUAUUAUCAGGUGGCAUGGUGCCGUGUCUACCAACUUGUCAAAUCAGAAUGUGUUGGUCCCAACAAGGCAGGAGUCAGACAGUGAAAGUGACUCUGAAUCUUUUAUCCCCCCGAAAAACAAGAAGAAAAGCUUUGCUCAGAAAAUGAAGGCUGUGUUAGGAAAACUGAUGCCAACCAAGCCACAUGAGUUUAGAUCCACAGAAAUGACAUCUGUGGGCAAUGCCAGCACACUUCCAAGUUCACAGUCGAAGAGCACAGCCAGUUCUUCUAGAAAUGAUUUGCCAUAUUUUUUCCACAAACAAAAACGCCUUCCAAAAAUAAUUCGACAUGUACCACUUCCACAGAAAUUAUGCAAGCAGGGUGUCGGGAGGAUGCCCCAAGGUGCAACUCUCCAACUGGAUGUUAAUGUUUUUGAGGCAGAAACCGAAGAGAUCACUGCAGACAAUAUGACAGUGAGGUCGCGGAGAACGACAAGGCGUAUGUCUGUUUUGGCAGUUCCAAGUGGGUUGCAAAAGGUCUCUUAUUCACCUAAAAAGAAAAACUUUUCAUUUGCCAGAAAGAAAAAGAAAGCUGAGAACAAUAUAAGACACCACUCCGAAUAUUCCGUUGGAAAGCUUCAGAUGCAGGUGGAUGAUCUUAUAGAAACACUUGCAGAUAAGACAACAAAACUCUUGGAACAGAGACAUGAGGAGCUUCGAGAGUGUGAAUACCUGGGAAAUGAAAUCCUUCAGUCAGCAAAACAAUUUCAAAGAGUCUCUAAGAAGAAGACAAGGAAAUACAAAUUUAAAAAUAUUUGUUUUCCUUGCAUUUGCUGUUGCUAAUAGGCUAUGUCUACUUGUUGAUGCCUGAUAUUGUGCAGAAGAGAUCUCCUUUUCUCUGGGGUGUUCAACCCCUUGACAUUAAAUGGAAAAAUGUUAAAAAAAAAUUUAGGUUGUGAAACAACCCUUAUCGUACAUAAUGCAAAGAGUGCGAAUAAUCUGUAAGGCGAAUAGAUUUGUAUAUGUUGUGGACACCAGCGUUAAACCAAGAACCCCGAUUCCAGCAAACAAAUCAUAAGUAAACUGCAACAAAAUGAUAUACAACAUGAUGUACAUCCACAAGUCCUCAGACAGUGAGAGUUCCGCUUUAAGACUGCUAAUGCUGGCUCUAUUAAAUGGCAGAAAUAUGUCUCUCCUGUAAAUAUCUGAACACAUAGGUCAACUUCAAAUGGAGCAACCAUCACAAAUGUAUUUUCACAAAAAAACAGGAUUAUUUAUCGAUGUAUUUAUUUUAAAUUGCGUUACUGGCUGUGAAGGGGAUAAAGAAGAAAAAAAAAAUUCUCAUUAAAAAGUAGCUUCUGCACACGGAAGAUGGCAACAAUAAAAAACAAUCAAAUCCUUAAAUAUUCUGUGUGCUCUUCUUCACUAAAAAUAAAAACUCAAAUCAAUAUCUUUCUAUGACUAUGCCUGUGACGUGCUGAGUCUCGGAGCCUGCACAACACGCAGAACUGUCAAACCAUUAAUCUUUAACUCAACUCGCAGGAUGUUCAACAACCAAGGUUAGUUUCUAUGGGAAUU